CCAAAGCUUCGACAUCCCCCCCCCGUACGUCACUGGCACUCCGCCCAUUACCACCCCCGAAACAACGCUCCAUCACUCGGUUUCGCUUCAUACACGGUCGCGUUACUCCAAUAAAAGAGUCCGGUCGCUCCUUUUCCCGUUUCGCAUCAAUACCAGAUCGGGUGGCGCCAUGGUCCCUCAAGUCAAGCAGGACCCCGAUUCCCAGUCGCCAUACAUCAAACCCGACCCAUACAUCAAGGCAGACCCCGACAGCAAGGAUACAACUCUGGCAGAUAUCGACGAUGAGGAUCUGUACGAAGAUGCGGGGGAUCUAGACUUCUCCGCUGCCGCGCAGAGCGUGUGGCUCUCGCGACUUCCCCGGUCGCUCUGGGAACAUUGGUCGGCUCUAUCGAACACCGGCGACGACGACGAGGAGAUUACGAUCGGGACAAUGAGGAUUGAGAGCAAGCCCAAUGACAUCAAGCGGGUCAGUCUACGCCUGAACGAACGAGAGGACAAUCGCGAGAUCCCCAAGGAUUAUCUCCUGCAGCGACAAACGAUAACAGCGGAGAAUGUGUCGCACUUGACCCAGAAUACAUACCUGUUUACGGAAAGGGACAUUCCUGGUCAUGGGAACCGCAUGGUGGUCUUUGGCGAAGCACGGUCGGCCCUAUACGAGUCGAUGAAGCGGGACAUGAGAAAGAAGGAGCAGCGCAAGAAGAAAUGGGAACCCUAUAUGCGGAAAACUGUGCCUAAACAAACGGCUCUGGUAGGGAGUGUGGGUGAAGAGUUCAACUGCCUUCCAGUCGAGAACGAGGAGUUCCGAAAUAUAUCGGAGAAGAAGGCGUUGGAGGCACUCAAGCCGAAGCGGGAGACCAAGUUCAUGGACAAGAUCCCUGGCAAGCUGCUCCAGCCGCGGAACGCUUUGCCCGGGGAGAAGGGUGCAUUUGUGCAAGCACAAAAGCCACUCAAGGCCAAGGCCCAGGAGAACAAGACUACACGUAUGCCGCAGAACGAGCUGCUGGAUCUUAUCUACCAGUGCUUCCGGGAGUACAAAUACUGGCCGUUUAAGCAACUCAAGCAGAGACUGCGGCAGCCGGAGGCUUAUCUCAAGCAGACCCUUGAGAUGAUUGCUCAUCUGGUCAAGGCCGGUGAUUUCGCCAUGACGUGGGAGCUGAAACCGGAGGCGCGGGAGAGCAACUAUGCGAAUGCGAUGAAGGAGGAGCUUGCCCCCGACUACAACUUCGACGACGGCUCCGAAGAGGACGCUACUGCCUCGGGCAUGGUUACAGAUAAUGACGAUACGCAGUUCGAGACCGUCGGCUAAACCGCAUGGCGUCUAUGUAGCAUAAGGGCAUGGCGUUUCUUUUGGCGUUUCUUGGGUGACCUGAUACAGGGUAUUUUAGAUAUUUUCACCGAGGGCUCAGAAGACUGGCCCGGCAUCUAGUACAGUUAGUGACACCCCAAUAUGAGUGAGCUUUGAAGCUCG